AAUCUGUUGUCAAAUUAAAGACACACGUGCAAUGCUUUAUCCUUCGUCAGUUUAGUUCUUAUUAAUUGUGUUGUGUAAAAAUAAGUAGCAAAAAUGUCCAUUCGAGAGAAAUUACUCAUGCAAAAGAUUAAGAAGCGUGAGAAAAUGAAAAAAGUUCUAGCGGAAAAGAAAGGAAAGCAACCGGUCAAACCUUCCAAAAAAGUACAAUCGGAUGAAAUUGACGAUGAUUUUAGCGAAGCCCCUGAACCUCAAAUAAAGAAAGCUAAAGUCUCCAAAAAAAAGCAGCAGCGUCAAAUUGAAGUAGUAAAUUCCGACUCGGAUAGUGAAGGAGAACCGCAGCAAGAUGAUGAAAGUGAAUAUUCUGAUGAUGAGGAUAUACAGCCGGAACACACCAUCACAAAUCAGAAAGGAAAAAAUAAUGGCAACAUUAAUAAAAAUGAAAAACAAUCUACUGCUGUGGAUUUAAAUGCUGGAGAAGCUGUACAAAAACUUGAUCCCAAUGAGCGUUCCUUUGCCUCGCUCAAAGGUGUCGUGUCCGAACCCACAUUAAAAGCCAUCGAAGAAAUGGGUUUCACAGAGAUGACAGAGAUACAAGCUAAGUCCCUGCCUCCGUUACUCCAAGGACGCGAUUUAGUUGGUGCUGCCAAGACAGGUUCCGGCAAGACACUUGCUUUCCUCAUACCGGCCGUAGAGUUAAUAUAUAAACUGCGAUUUAUGCCACGUAACGGUACAGGAGUUAUUAUCAUAUCGCCAACACGAGAAUUAUCGAUGCAAACUUUCGGUGUAUUGAAAGAAUUGAUGGCGCACCAUAACCACACUUAUGGUUUAGUUAUGGGAGGAUCCAAUCGUCAAGUGGAGAGUGAAAAACUUGGUAAAGGUAUCAACAUUUUGGUAGCAACUCCGGGACGUUUAUUGGAUCACUUGCAAAAUUCACCGGAUUUCUUGUAUAAAAACCUGCAAUGUUUGAUUCUCGACGAAGUAGAUCGCAUAUUAGAAAUUGGCUUCGAGGAAGAAUUAAAGCAGAUUGUGAAAUUACUACCAAAACGCCGCCAAACAAUGUUGUUUUCAGCAACACAAACGGAAAAAAUUGACGCGCUCUCCAAAUUGGCGCUCAAGAAGGAGCCAUUCUACGUUGGAGUCGACGAUCAUGAGGAUGUAGCCACAGUUAGUGGCUUGGAACAAGGAUAUAUUGUGUGCCCCUCAGAUAAACGUUUACUGGUGCUGUUCACUUUCCUGAAAAAGAAUCGUAAGAAGAAGGUUAUGGUGUUCUUCUCGUCCUGUAUGUCAGUAAAAUAUCAUCAUGAACUAUUUAACUACAUAGAUCUGCCCGUGACGUGUAUCCAUGGCAAGCAAAAGCAAACCAAACGUACAACUACGUUCUUCCAGUUUUGCAAUGCAUCCGAGGGCAUUUUACUAUGCACAGAUGUGGCUGCUCGUGGUCUAGACAUUCCGCAAGUAGAUUGGAUUGUGCAGUUCGAUCCUCCAGAUGACCCAAAGGAAUAUAUUCACCGUGUUGGUCGUACCGCGAGAGGUACCGGCAGUUCGGGUCAUGCUUUGCUUUUGCUGCGUCCGGAAGAGUUGGGAUUUUUGCGCUAUCUAAAGGCGGCCAAAGUACCACUUAAUGAAUUUGAAUUUUCAUGGGCGAAAAUUGCAGACAUACAACUACAGCUGGAGAAACUCAUCUCCAAAAAUUACUUCCUCAACCAAUCAGCUAAAGAGGCAUUCAAGGCCUAUGUACGUGCUUAUGAUUCACAUCAAUUGAAAACAAUAUUCGAUAUCAACACGCUUGAUUUGCAAGCGGUCGCCAAGAGUUUCGGCUUCUUAGUACCGCCUGUGGUGGAUCUGAAGGUUGGUGCUAAACGCAAUCGGCCAGAGAAACGUGUUGGUGGCGGUGGCUUUGGCUAUUACAAACAAAUGAAUGACGACAACCCGAAACAACGCGUCUUCAAGCAAAUUAAUCGUGACCAAUUAAGAAAGAAUAAAAAUUUCAUGCGAUGAGAUUUCCCCAAUAUAUGAGUUAUUAGCUAGUUUAGUUGAAAUGCCUAACAUUCAUUUUUAAUCCAAACGGUUUAAUGAAAAUUAUA